AUGGAUGUGAAUAUGGGCUGGUGGGCAGGCAUGCGAGCCCCUCUCCUCGGCCUGGCCCUGCUGCUGCCGUUACUGCUCUUCCAGCCUCCUCCCUGCAGGGGUCAGAACAUCCCAGGGGCCCCUCAGGAUGGCCAUCACUUCAGCUUCACUCAGGCGGUUUACCACGCCACAGUUUAUGAGAACUCAGCAGCACGCACCUACGCCAACAGUAAAGUUAAAAUGGGCAUCCACCUGUCUCAGCGCUCCUGGGAGAUCCGCUACAGGAUCACGUCAGGAGACGAUGAAGGCUUCUUCAAAGCAGAGGAGUACGUCCUGGGAGACUUCUGCUUCCUACGCAUAAGGACUAAAGGUGGAAAUGCUGCCAUCCUAAACCGAGAGAUUCAGGAUAACUAUGUUCUGACAGUGAAGGCCUCUGUGAAGGGAGAGGCCCUCCUUGAGACCUGGACUAAAGUCAGCAUCCAGGUUCUGGAUAUGAAUGACCUUCGACCCCUGUUCUCCCCAACCACCUACUCUGUCACCAUUGCCGAGAGCACGCCCCUCAGGACUAGCAUAGCACAAGUUACUGCCACAGAUGCUGACAUCGGCUCUAACGGGGAGUUUUACUAUUUCUUUAAGGAGAAGAUGGAGCUGUUUGCAGUUCACCCGACUAGUGGUGUGGUUUCUCUCAGCGGGAAGCUCAAUAUAGACGAACAGAACCGCUAUGACUUGGAGAUCUUAGCAGUGGACCGUGGCAUGAAGCUCUAUGGGAAUAAUGGGGUCAGCAGCACAGCUAAGCUUUUUGUGCAUGUGGAGCGGGUUAACGAGCACGCUCCUGUCAUGAAUGUGGUGACUCACAGUCCGUCGUGGCUGGAUAAAAACCCUGUGUAUGCCAUGGUCACAGUGGAGGACCUGGAUGAAGGCUUGAACGGAGAAAUCGAUUCAGUGGUUAUUGUAGGGGGAGACCCAUCAGAGCAGUUUUUCAUAGAGAGAUCUGAUGAAGGAGAGUUCGCCAUAAAGGCCUCUGAAACAGUAAACUGGGAGACUUUCCCUCACGGCUGUAACCUGACACUGCAGGCCAAAGACAGGGGGACCCCUCAGAAGUUCUCCUCUGUGAAGGUGGUCCACAUCCAGGUGAACAAAAGGCAGACAGCUGAGGUUAGGUUUGAGAAGGAGGUAUACGAUGUUAGUCUGAAUGAAAUCUCACCACCAGGCACGAUUGUAGCAGCUGUUAAACUCAAACCAGAGCCUGAUGAUGCAGAAUAUAUCCUGACUCCUUCUGCUGACUCUGCCUUCUUUCAAAUGAACACACUAACAGGUGUGAUCUCCACCACACGCUGGUUCACCCAGGUUAGCCGCGAUGUCUUUAACCUGGAGGUGUUAGAAAUAGAUAGUGAGCUCAAAGUUAAAGUGCGGGUAUCUAUUGAUGAUGCUAAUGAUAACACGCCCACGUUUGAUCAGCUGUCCUAUGAGGCUUUGGUCAAUGAAAGUGUCCCAGUUGGGACUAAUGUAUUAACAGUGUCUGCAGUGGACAAGGAUAAAGGUGAAAAUGGAUACAUCACCUACAGCAUCUCCAGCCUGCAGCCGAUACCUUUUAAGAUCAAUCAGUUUUCUGGUGUGAUCAGCACCACUAAAGAGCUGGACUUUGAAUCGUCCUCCGAGAGCUUCAUGUUUGUGGUCCGGGCCUCGGACUGGGGCUCACCUUACAGGAGAGAGAGUGAAGUCAAUGUCACCAUCCACCUGGAGAACAUAAAUGACAACCAGCCUCUGUUUGAGAGGGUGGGAUGUCAGGGAGUCAUCCCGAGAGAUUUCCCAGUGGAUGAAGUGAUUACCACGAUGUCUGCCAUAGACAUAGAUGAGCUAGAGUUAGUCAAAUAUAAGAUUGUUUCUGGGAAUGAGUGGGGGUACUUUGACCUGAAUCCAGAUUCAGGGGUCCUCUCACUGCAGCGUCCCCUUUCCACAGCAAGCCCAAAGAAUGGUGUCUUUAGUCUGAAAAUAACUGCCACAGAUGGCGAGAACUUCUCUGACCCCAUGUUUGUUAACAUCUCAGUAGUUCACGGGAAAGCUCCUCCAAAAAGUUUUAACUGUAAAGAGACAAGGGUUGCACAAAAAUUAGCUGAAAAGUUGCUAAAGAAAUCCAAAGCUAGCAUCAAGCCCAAAAUAGAGGAAGGAUUUAUUGACCUUUUCUCUGUCAAUCGACAGACGCCUCAGUUCGACAAAGCUUUCCCCACAGACAUCGCUGUGAGGGAGGACCUGAAGGUGGGCUCAAGUGUUUUCAAAGUGAACGCCUAUGAUGGUGACACAGGUUUUAAUGGUCAGAUCCUGUACGCCAUCUCAGAUGGAAACACUGACAGCUGUUUCACCAUCAACAUGGACUCUGGCCUUAUCACUGUGUUCCUGCCCAUGGACAGAGAAAAGAGGGAUCGAUAUCUCCUCAAUCUGACCAUCUAUGACCUCGGCCUGCCUCAGAGGUCUGCCUGGCGUCUUCUUACCAUUUACAUCGAGGAUGCUAAUGAUAACACGCCCCAGUUUCUGCAGGAAGGAGGCUAUAAGAUCAUCAUACCUGAAAACACUGCCAUAGGUACAGACGUCAUCCAGGUGGAGGCCACUGACAAAGACCUGGGGCCUAACGGUGAGGUUGUGUACUCUAUCCUCACCAGCACCUCCCAGUUUGGGAUCAACUCGUCCAAUGGGAUUGUGUAUGUGGCUGGACAACUGGACAGAGAGUUUGUUUCAGUUUUCAACUUAAAAAUUGAGGCAAGAGAUAAGGCAGAAAAAGGGGGACAGAGGUUUUCUGUGACCACUUUGAAAAUCGUCCUGGAGGAUGUGAAUGACUGCCCCCCACUGUUCAUCCCCAGCGUCUACAGAGCUAGAGCUCUUGAAGAUCUCCCUGUAGGGACUGUUGUGGCCUGGUUAGAAACCCAGGAUCCAGACCUAGGUCUGGGGGGUCAGGUCCGGUACUCUCUAGCCAAUGACUAUAAUGGCUGGUUUGAGGUAGACCGGACCAGCGGGGCUAUUCGACUCACAAAGGAGCUGGACUAUGAGACCCAGCAGUUCUACAACCUGACAGUGAAGGCCAAAGACAAAGGAAGACCAGUUUCUCUGCUAUCUGUCACCUUUGUGGAGAUCGAAGUUGUAGAUGUGAAUGAAAACCUCUACGCUCCUUACUUCUCCCAGUUCGCUCUGACAGGAUUAAUCAAAGAAAAUGCUCGGAUUGGAACGACUCUCUUGCAGGUCACUGCAAAUGAUGAUGACACCGGCAGAGACGGAGAAAUCCAGUACUCGAUCAGGGAUGGGAACGGACUGGGACGCUUCGCCAUUGAUGAAGAGACAGGUAUGAUCUACACCACCGACAUGUUGGACCGGGAGACAAAGGACUCCUAUUGGCUGACAGUAUAUGCCAGUGACCACGGCGUAGUGCCUCAGUUCGCCUCCAUCGAGGUGUUUGUACAGGUGGAGGAUGUGAACGAUAACGCCCCUUUGACCUCAGAGCCUGUGUACAGACCGUCAGUCUCUGAGAACUCCCCCCGAGACGUGUCUGUCAUCCAGAUCCAUGCCCAGGAUCCCGACGCCACGCCCCCCUCCUCUCCCGCUGACCGCCUCGCAUACAAGAUCAUCAGUGGAAACCCCCAGAACUUCUUCAGUAUCAACACACGCACAGGUCUGAUCACAACGACCUCGAGGAAACUGGACCGAGAACAGCAAACAGAGCACGUCUUAGAGGUGCUGGUGUCAGAUGGCGGCCCCAGCCCCCGGCAGAGUACAGUCUGGGUCAUGGUUCAGGUUCUGGAUGAAAACGAUAACAAGCCCACGUUUCCAGAGAAGGUUUAUCAGGUCAAACUCCCUGAAAGAGAGAGGAGGAAGAAGAGCGAGCCCAUCUAUAGAGUGUUUGCCUACGACCGUGAUGAUGGGCCCAACAGCGACCUCUCCUACAGUAUCACAGAUGGGAAUGAGGAUGGGAAGUUUUUCAUUGACCCAAAGACCGCCGUUGUGUCAUCACGCAAGGCCUUCACGGCUGGUAGCUACGACAUCCUGACAAUUAAAGCGACGGAUAACGGUCGUCCUCAGAAAUCAUCCACAGCUCGUCUUCACAUCGAGUGGAUCCGCCGUCCUCCCCCCUCGUCUGUCCCAUUGCUCUUUGAUGAACAGUUUUAUAAUUUCACUGUCAUGGAGAAUGACAAGGUGGCUGAAAUUGUGGGCGUUGUCUCUCUACAACAGAGCUCCACCCCCGUGUGGUUUGACAUCACAGGUGGAAACACGGACAGUGUGUUUGAUGUGGAGAAAGCUGUGGGAACCAUCAUCAUCGCCAAACCUCUGGAUGCUGAGCAGCGUGGCUUCUACAACCUGACAGUGCAGGCAACUGAUGGGACCAACACUGCCCAUACGCAGGUUCACAUCACCGUAAUAGACAACAACGACAACGCUCCCAUCUUUUCCCAACCAAACUAUGAUGUCACCAUCUCUGAGGACACGCCCCCUGACACUGAGGUUGUCCAGGUUCUGGCUUCAGACCGCGAUGAUCACCACAAGCUGACCUACUCACUGCAGAGCUCCAUCGACCCCAACAGCAUGCGUCUGUUCCGCAUCCACCCAAACCUGGGCACCAUCCACACCACUCAGAGAUUGGACCAUGAGGCCUGCGCCCAACACAUCCUCACCGUCAUCGUGAAGGACCAAGAGUUCCCAUACAGGAAAAACCUGGCUCGUGUGUUGAUUGAAGUGGAGGAUAUAAAUGACCAUGUGCCCAUCUUUACCAGUGCUCUCUAUGAAGGCUCAGUCUAUGAGUCAGCAGCAGUAGGCUCCGCUGUGGUCCAGGUCACCGCUCUCGACAAAGACAAAGGCGAGAAUGCAGAGCUACGAUACUCUAUUGAAGCAGGGAACACAGGAAAUGCUUUCCAUAUUGAACCAGUCCUGGGAAUCAUCACUUUGGCACGAGACCUGGACUUGUCCAGCAUCGGCCAUUAUGUUCUCACAGUCAGAGCCACUGACAGCGGAUCUCCUCCUCUUUCCACCACCACGAUAGUGCGAAUUGCUGUCACCCUCUCAGACAAUGCUGGCCCAAAGUUCCCUCAGCCGGAAUAUCAGGCUGAAAUCACAGAGAACGCAGUGGUGGGGACUUCUGUCACCACAGUCAGUGCAGUCAGCCAGUCUACCCUCACCUAUGACAUCAAGCAAGGAAAUGCCAACCGCGUUUUCCAGAUAAAUCAGUACAGUGGAGUGAUUACUAGUCAGAAACCUCUAGACUAUGAGACUACAGCAUCUUACACCCUAAUAGUCCAGGCAACAAACAUGGCUGGCAUGGCCUCUAAUGCUACUCUGUUAAUCCAGGUAGUGGAUGAGAAUGAUAACCCCCCUGUGUUCCUGCAGCUCCAUUACCGUGGCAGCAUCAGCGAAGCAGCUCCAGUCAACAGCGUGGUCUUAAACUCAGACGACUCACCUCUAGUUAUCAAAGCCACUGAUGCCGACCGCAACCAAAAUGCUUUGUUAGUUUACCAGAUUGUGGAAGACACGGCCAAGAUGUUCUUCACAGUGGACUCUGGAACUGGCUCCAUCAGAACUAUUGCUAAUCUGGAUCAUGAGACGUUUUCCAGCUUCCAUUUCCAUGUUCAUGUUAGGGAUAAUGGCAAGCCCCAGCUUACCGCAGAAAGUCCAACUGAGGUCACAAUACAAGUUAUUGAUACAAAUGACUCCCCUCCUCGUUUCAUCCAGAGUGCUUAUGAAACAGUCCUGUUACUCCCAACAUAUGUUGGAGUGGAAGCUCUGCAGGUUUCAGCCGUGGACCCUGACAAAGACGUCUCCACAGAGCUCACCUACUCUCUGACUGAUGGAGUGCUGGAGCACUUCACCAUACAGCCUUCCACUGGAGUCAUCAUUGUUAAAAACAACAACUUCUCCAAAGAGCGUUUUCGCUUCAGUGUCAAAGUUUCAGAUGGGAAAUUCUCUAGCACAGCUUUGGUAACCAUUCUUGUCCGAGAAGCUCUGGACUCUGGUCUCAGCUUCACCCAAAGUCUUUACUCCUCAUCUAUUCAAGAGAACAUAUCAAACAUCACUAAAGUGGCCGUGGUCAAUGCUGUGGGAAACCGCCUGAAUGAACCCCUGAAGUACUCUUUGUUAAAUGCAGGUGCUCGCUUCAAAAUACGUCCAACUUCUGGUGUGAUCCAAACCACAGGUGUGCCAUUUGACCGUGAAGAGCAGGAGUUUUAUGAGCUGGUCGUUGAAGCAAGAAGGGAGCAUGACCGUUUGCAUGUAGCUAGAGUUCUGGUUAGAGUCCAAGUGGAGGACAUAAAUGAUAACGCCCCAGUGUUUGUUGGACUCCCUUAUUAUGCUGCUGUUCAAGUUGAAGCUGAACCAGCAUCACAUAUUUUCAGAGUUAUGGCAGUAGACAGUGAUAAAGGCAUUAACGGAGAGGUGUCUUACUAUCUCAACGAUGACCAUGGCCACUUUGAGAUUGAUCGGCAGACAGGUAGUAUCAGUCUCAGGAGGGCGUUUGAGUCUGACUUGUCCAAUGUGGAAUACCAGAUGGUGAUUUAUGCCAGAGAUGGAGGUUAUCCUCCUCUCUCAUCCACCACAGAGUUCCCUAUAACUGUAGUCAACAAAGCCAUGCCUGUGUUUGACAAAUCAUUUUAUUCUGUCACUGUGAAUGAAGACGUGGCUGUACACACACCUAUCCUUGGUAUCAAUGCUACCAGUCCUGAGGGUCAAAACAUCAUCUACACUAUUGUUGAUGGAGACCCUUCCCUUCAGUUUGACAUUGGUUUUGAUACAGGAGUCAUAAGUGUGAUCCAUUCUUUAGACUAUGAAGCAUCCUCGUCUUACCACCUGACCAUCAGAGCCACAGAUUAUCUGACAGGUGCUCGUGCUGAGGUGGAUGUAGACGUAGUUGUCCUGGAUGUCAAUGAUAACCUGCCUGUCUUCCAGAAAAUGUCGUACAAGGUAGUUUUAUCUGAAACAGUCAUGAUUGGGACUCCUGCUCUUCAAGUUGUUGCCACAGACAAAGACUCUGAGAAAAACAACGUUGUCCGCUACCAGAUCUUUUCAGAUGUGCAGAACAGAACGGACUACUUCCACAUUGAUAGCAGUAGUGGAUUAAUCCUCACGGCGCGAAUGCUAGACCACGAACUUGUCCAGAAGUAUGACUUCACUGUCAGGGCCACAGAUAAUGGCUUCCCUCCACUCAGUAGUGAAGUUUCAGUCAUAGUUGUGGUUAAUGACAUGAACGACAAUCCUCCAGUUUUCAACCAGCUUCUCUAUGAAGCAUACGUGAAUGAGUUAGCACCCAGAGGUCACUUUGUAACUUGUGUCCAGGCGUCAGAUGCUGACAGAUCUGACUUUGACAAGUUGGAGUACAGCAUUUUAUCAGGAAAUGAAAGAAUGAACUUUGUGAUGGACAAGCAGACAGGAAUCAUCACAUUGUCAGGCCACCGUAAGCAGAGAAUGGAGCCUGCCUACAGUCUUAAUGUUUCCGUGUCUGAUGGAGUGUUCACCAGCACAGCACAGGUUCAUGUUAAGGUGCUGGGGGCCAACCUUUACAGUCCGGUGUUUGGACAGAACGUGUAUGAGGCAGAGCUACGAGAGAACUCUGCUGUGGGGACUAAAGUUGUACAGGUGAAAGCCACGGAUGCAGAUCCAGGAGUGUUUGGACAGAUUGUUUAUUCAUUUGUUAAUGAUGUUGGCAAAGACCAAUUCAGCAUUGAUACUAGUGGUCAGAUCAGCACAGUGGAGAAGCUAGACCGUGAGGACCCGGCCAAUAAGGACAUUGUGCUGACAGUAGCAGCCCUUGACUCAGGUGGACGUGUCUCCUAUUGUACAGUCCAUGUUUCCUUGCUGGAUGAGAAUGAUAACGCACCUCAGUUUCGUGCCACAGAGUAUCGAGCUUCAGUCAAGUCUGAUGUGGCGAAAGGUUAUCUUGUGACACAGAUUCAGGCUUAUGAUCCUGAUGAUGGCAGUAAUGCCAAAGUGGCAUACUCUCUCUACAGUGAGGCACAUGUCCCUGUAGUAGACAUUUUGGAAAUAGACCUAGACAAUGGCUGGAUGGUGACUAAAGGCAGCUUCAGCCACUUGAGGAAUUCUGUUUUAUCUUUUUUUGUGAAGGCUGUGGAUGGGGGUAACCCAGUUCGGCACUCGCUCGUGUCUGUCUACAUCCAUGUUCUCUCUCCAGAUGCCUUCAUUCCCUCCUUCAGCCAACAUCAAUACGUGUUUCGAAUGCCAGAGGACACCCCUUUAGGUUCUGCCAUCGGGACAGUACGCCUCAACCCUCCUCCAGGACAUGCCCCACUCUCUGCAACUUUUGCAGUGGUUAAUGGACAGACUGGAGAAAACAACCAGGAUGGGGUGUUUGUAGUAGAGAGGGACACGGGUGUGAUCAAGCUGGAUAAGCCUUUGGACCAUGAGGUGAUCAAAGGAUACCACUUCAAAGUGACAGCCACUGCACAGCAGGCUAAGUUGGAUUCUGUGACUUCUGUGGAUGUAGAAUUCAAAGUGCUGGAUCUAAAUGACAACAAACCAGCUUUUGAGGCCGUCUCCUAUGAGGCCACAGUGAUGGAGGGAAUGUCAGUCGGAACCAGGAUUAUACAAGUCCAAGCAACAGACCCUGACUCAGGGGCCAAUGGUCAGGUGACAUAUAGUCUGGGGGCAUUGGUCCAGUCAGAGGAGAAUUCAAAUGUGAUAGCUGACACUUUUAGUAUUGACAGCAACACGGGCUGGAUCUCCACACGCAAAGACUUGGACCAUGAGACCAAUCCAUCGUACACAUUCACAGUGGUGGCCUCAGAUCUUGGGGAGACUGUCUCUCUUUCUAGCACCACCACAGUGACUGUUGCUGUCUCAGACGUCAACGACAACCCGCCAAGGUUUCUGGAGCUACAUUAUGUUGGUUCAGUUCAGGAGAGCGACCCGCCAGGGGAGGUGGUAGCUGUGCUGAACACCAGAGAUGAUGACAGCUCUGCAGUGAACCGACAAGUCAGCUACCACAUCACUGGUGGGAACCAUCGUGGGGUAUUUGCUCUCGGCCUGGUCCAGGGCGAAUGGAAGAUGUACGUGAAGUGGCCCCUGGACAGAGAGGAGUGUAACCUUUACAUCAUCAAUGUCACUGCCAGCGAUGGACUCUUUGUUUCCCAGGCAACUGUGGAGGUGACAGUGAUCGACACCAACGACAACAGCCCUUUGUGUGAACAGGCUGUCUAUUCAGCGUCUAUCUCAGAGGACCUCCCCCUCCACAGCCCCAUCCUGAGGAUCCGGGCUUCAGACGCUGAUGUGGGCAUCAACGCCUGGAUCCAGUAUUCUCUGCAUGGAACAGGAUCUCAGGACUUCAUCAUGGAGCCAGAUACAGGUGAGAUCAAAUCUUCAGUGCUCCUGGACCGGGAGGUGACGUCCAGUUACCGACUGAGCGCCCAGGCCACAGACGGCGGAGGACGGUGGUGUCGUGCGGAGGUUCAACUGGUGGUGACGGACGUGAACGACAACCCACCCAUCUUCACUCAACCUCAGUACACUGCCAGUGUGUAUGAAGACACUGCAACCAAGGCGCUGCUGACCCGCAUCCAGGCCAUCGACCCAGAUGAAGGUCCAGGUCGGAUGGUGGUGUAUUCUCUCGCUGACUCAGCAGGGGGUUCCUUCUCCAUCGAUAAGUCAUCGGGUAUUGUGGUUUUAGAGCGGGUUCUGGACCGGGAGAUGCAGCCAGCCUAUCAGAUUACAGUCCAUGCCUCAGACCAGGGUUCCCCACAGCCCCUCUCCUCGCUUGUCAACGUCACCAUCACUGUGCUUGACAUCAAUGACAACCCACCUGUGUUUGAGCGCCGCGACCAGCUGGCGACCGUGCCGGAAGAUGUGGGGGUGGGGACAGAGGUUCUGAGGGUUUACGCCGCCAGCAAAGAUAUUGGGACAAAUGCAGAGAUCACCUACAGCAUCCGGUCAGGAAAUGAGCACGGGAAGUUCCACAUCCACCCACUGACAGGAGCCAUCCUCGUCGCUCAUCCUCUGGACUUUGAGACCUGCAGGGACUACUUUCUGACCGUGGAGGCUCGUGACGGCGGCACACCUCCACUGAGCGCCAUCACUACAGUGAACAUAAACCUGACAGACGUCAACGACAACGCACCCAUGUUCAGUAGAGACAUGUACACAGCUGUGGUGUCAGAGGACGCCACCAUCGGAGAGCCUGUGGUUCAGCUGUUAGCAGAGGAUGUGGACAGUCAGCUGAAUGGAGCCAUCCUUUACUCCAUCAUCAGUGGAGACCGGGACAGUUCCUUCUUCAUUGACCCGCUGCGAGGGAUCAUCAAGGUCAACAAGAAGCUGGACCGAGAGACAGUCCCGAGUUACUCGUUGUCUGUGAGGGCGCUGGACAGUGGGGCCCCGCCUAUGUCCUCUACGGUUAUGGUCAACAUUGACAUCUCUGACGUCAACGACAAUCCGCCCACCUUCUCCCCCGCCAAUCUGUCCACAGUCAUUCAGGAAAACAAACCGAUCGGGACCACCAUCCUGCAACUGUCCAUCACAGACCUGGACUCCUCACACAAUGGCCCUCCCUUCGAGUUCAGGAUUCUGUCAGGAAACUCAGGAGGAGAGUUUGUUCUGGAGAAAGAUGGCACACUGGUGGCCAAUCAGGUGUUCAGGAGAGACCUGGCUACUGAAUAUGUCCUCCACAUUCAGGUGUCGGACUCAGGUAAGCCCCGUCUCUCGUCAUCCUCAACACUGACAGUCAGAGUGAUUGAGGAAUCCCUCCAUCGCCCAGUGGCAUUACCUUUAGAGAUUCACAUCGUCACCAUGGAGGAUGAGUUUCCUGGAGGAGUGAUUGGCCAGCUGCAUGCCACUGAUGCUGAUCCUUAUGAUGCUUUGACAUUUGGCCACGCCCCUCCAGCCCAGCGAAGCCUCUUCAAGAUCAGCCCUCGUGAUGGGAAGAUCAUCGCCCUGGGGGGUUUGGAUGCUGGCCGUUACUCCCUGAAUGCCAGUGUGACUGAUGGCAGAUUUGCUGUGCCUGUGCCCGUGAGUGUGCAUGUGGAGCAGGCAACCCCAGAGAUGCUGCGUGAGGCGGUGACGGUGCGUUUUGAGAGUGUGGCACCACAGGAUUUUGUAGCUCUGCACAUGAAGAGCGUGCUGAAAGUGAUGCGUCAGGCUGCCGCCUCUCAACAGCAGGACAAACUGCACAUGCUCAGUCUGCAGCCAGUGGGCGGUACCCAGCAGCUGGACAUGCUGGUUGCAGUUGAAACAGCAGGCGAGGGAUACUACAAGGCAGCCUACCUGACCCAGAAGUUGAGUGCUUCACGGCGGCAGCUGGAGGAGGUGCUCCGAGUGUCAGCCAUCUUGGAUAAGAACUGUUCGGGGCUGGAGUGUCGCGGGGCGCAGUGUGAACAGAGCAUCAUCCUUGAUUCACACAACCUUGCAACAUACAGCACACCACGGGUCAGCUUUGUUUCCCCACGCUUCCACCGCACAUCUCGAUGCACCUGCACAGACUCCAGCUGUGCCGUGCUCUCUGAACAGUGUGAGGACCAGCCAUGCCCUGCAGACAUGCAGUGUGUUUCUAUUGAGGCCACCAGAGGGCGCUACGCCUGCCAGUGUCCACCAGGGAAACUAGGAGAGUGUGCAGGUCACUCGUCUCUGAGUUUCUCAGGCAACAGCUACAUAAAAUAUCGCCUCUCUGAGCGUCUGCAGACAGAGCUGAAGCUCAGCCUGAGGAUCAGAACGCUGCAGAGUCGAGGAAUCAUCAUGUACACGCACACUGAACCCUGCACUGUGCUCAAGCUUGAAGAGGGGAAGCUGUGGUUUCAGCUCACCUGUGGCCUCUCCAUUGGUCCCGAUCCUCUCUCUGACAUCUCUGACAUGUUGGGUAUUUCUGGGCGGAGGAUAAAUGAUGGUGCCUGGCACACUGUCGCUCUGGAGAUCAACAGAAACUUCAGCAGCCUGGCGCUUGAUGACAGCUAUGUGGAACGACGUCGUGGACCACCAUUCAUCCAGCCGCUGGCUCCAGACAGAACCAUCUACUUUGGAGCUCUGGUGCAGAACCCAAACUCUCGUAGCCUGAUGGACACUCAGAAGGACCCCAGGGUACUGCAGGGGUUCCAGGGCUGUCUUGACUCUGUGAUGCUUAACAACAACGAGCUGCCUCUGCAGAAUAAACGCUCCAGGUAUGCAGAGGUGGUGGGACUGACUGAGAUGAAGUUGGGCUGCAUCCUCUACCCCGACCCCUGUCUGCAGCAGCCCUGUCGCAAUGGCGCCACCUGCACUAGCCUGCCCUCUGGUGGGUUCUCUUGCAGCUGUAACCCCCAGUACACUGGGGGACGUUGUGAGAUGGAGAUAACAGCAUGUGUUCCUAACCCGUGUCAGAAUGGAGGCGUGUGUAAAACCAUCGGGAACGCCUUUUUGUGUAGCUGCAGGAGAGGAUUCAAAGGCCUGACCUGUGAAGAGGAUGUGAACGAAUGUGACCGCAAUAACCCAGAAGGCGAGUGUGAGAAUGGUGGCGUGUGCGUUAACACUCAUGGCUCAUUCUACUGCAACUGCACUGCGGGCUUCGUGGGGCAGCGGUGCAGCCUGCGCCCCGUCGUCGUCCCUGACAUGCAAGCGGGACAUGCCGUGGUUGGAAAGGAAGAGCUUAUCGGCAUCGCUGUGGUGCUCUUGGUCAUCAUCACCCUCAUCAUCCUCUUCAUCGCCUUCAGGAAGAAAGUUUUCCAGAAGAACUACUCCAGAAACAACCUGUCCCUGGUCCAAGACCCGGCCACCGCUGCACUGCUAAACAAGGCCAACGGCGUCCAGUUCAAGACCCUGCACUGCUCACCGGGAGACCCACUCAACCUGUACUCAGAGCCCACUGUGGUGGGGGUCGGGGGAAUGCUGGGACCCCCACAGGUCCCUGUGCGGCCAAUGGCAUACACACCCUGUUUCCAAGGGGACCCACGGUCCACGCUGGAGAAAAUGGUGGAUGGUCGGGGGGUAGAGCACACAGAGAUGAGUACCUUUCACCCAGAGUCUCCCAGGAUCCUGUCAGGGACCACUAGAAGAGGGGUAGUGGUCUGCAGUGUGGCCCCUAAUCUGCCAGCAGUGUCACCCUGUCGCUCGGACUGUGACUCCAUCCGAAAGAGCCCCUGGGACAGCGAUGAGGGUAAGAUGGUGGACAUGGCAGAGGAGGUGACGUGUUUCUCAGGGAGCAACAAAGGCAGUAACUCAGAGGUCCAGUCCCUGAGCUCCUUCCAGUCUGACUCCUGUGAUGAUAAUGCGUAUCACUGGGACACAUCUGACUGGAUGCCGAGCACGCGGUUGUCCGACAUCGAGGAGGUUCCAGGGUACGAAGCGGCUCCCAGCGGUGGCGAGGGUGCAGUGUCAGCCCCCCGACUUACAGGAAGCACACGAGAACUGGAGUCAGACUACUACCUAGGGGGCUACGACAUCGACAGCGACUACCCCCCUCCCCAUGAUGAGGUCUUCUUGUCCCAGGACCAGCUGCCUCCGCCUCUACCCACAGCGGAGGACUACCCUGAAGCCUACAUGCCGCUGCCCGCCAACACUCCUGCUUCCAAGGAGAGCACGCUGAGCUCGGGCAGCACUGGGCGCCAGCACACCAGACCGCACUUCCACCCCAGCCAGUACCUGCCCCCCCACCAGCUGCCACUGGGGGAGGCGCCCCGCAGGGACUUAAGCACGUCAGGGGGCGGGGGUACCCCAGGAAACGGGGACACUGAGGACUCUUCGUCUCUGAACUUGCGCCUGUCUGUGGGAGCGUCAUCCGCCUCGGACAUGUCUGCUCCCUGUGGGCUGGAAGACUCGGAACACAGCAGUGACUUUGACAGUAUGGAUGAGCUGAGGCGAGGUGUGACCAUCACUACAGACUCUCAGCAGCAGACUGAGGUGUGAUGUCAGAGGUGAGGUGUGAUGUCAGAUGAAAGAUGGAGGAAAACACAGAGCAGACAGCAGGAAAUGCACACAAAGGUGUCACCACAGAGGGAGAAAUGUCAACAAUUCACAAAGAGACGCUUACACAGAAACACACUUCUUUAAAACACCUUGCUCUCCUGAUCUAUGAGGCUGUUUACACCUAACAUUAACAUCCAAACUGGGUGGUCUGAUAAGCUGACAGCUCUUAAAUACAGGUGUUUACACUUUGCAUUAACAAUGCAUCGCCACAGAACACUUGAGAUCCUGCCUCACAUGCAAAUAAGCUCUUGAGGGUUUAUGUGUGUCUGAAUUGCACAGGAUUUGUGCAAAAGGACUGCGCGUGUUUUCGUCCACUCCUUGAAUCCUGUGCAGUUCUGUGAGCAGAUGUGUUUUGAGGUUAUAUGACAAAAAAUUCUCACUAAGUUUCCUUUUCAGUUUUUGCUAAGACACACUAAAACAUUUUAUUUAUAUCUGCCUGUUUCCACCAUUGAAGUUUUUAAAGACCACACAGAGGCAGAAGAUGAUUUGAUACGUACCGCAGCACUUUUUAUAUUUUCUCAUUUAAGGACUCUAGUAUCAUACUCAAUCCAAUCCACUUUAUUUUUAUUGCACAUUUAAAAAUGAUGUUUACCUUAGUGCUGCACAGCCACUAGAAACAGAGCAGAUUAUAAAACAGUGUAAAUAAUAUAAAUAAAUAUCUUCCCUAUAACGUGCAUCAGUUGUGAUCUGCAGAUGUGAUGAUGCAUGAAUCGGGUGUGUUUACUGCGCGAUGCUGCAGAUUAACAGCUGCUUUCUCUCUCUCUGCUGCAGAGGGACGCUCAUCUGUAUUCAGCUGUUUGUGGGUGGGGGGGUUAGCUGUUGUCACUGUAAAUGUGUGUGUAUUUUCCAUGGCGUGCAAAUAGUGUGUCUGUGUGCAGAAACACUCAGUUACAUCACUGACUCGCAUAAUUACAUUACACAAUAGGGAAAACACAAAAGCCUUAUUUACAUGCUUAGCAUCUGCAUAAAAACAUCAUCAUUUACACCUGCUAGGUUAGCUCACAAACACUUUAUGCAUCACAGUUUAAAUCCAGAGGAGGGCAGCAGAGGUCCUUCCUACUGUCAUGGUGCACGAGUGUUUACACUACCAAACCAGUGUGGAUAAAUGUGACAGACCACCAUAAUCCAUCCUCAUUAGACUGUGUUCAAACCGAGCAUUAAGGCUUUCUGGUGUUAAUAUGAGGUGUAAACAGUCUGCCCUGAACAGAGACAGUCCAGUUUAACAAUACCAGAGAGUUUGAGGUGUCAGUAUGCCCCUGCUGUGCAGACCAAUCAGAAGUGUCCUUCCUGCUGCAGAAUGGAGUCACAGAGAUGUGUUCAGAGAGUUUUCGAGGAUGUGACUGACUGAUGUGUAAAGAUGAAAAGAACAGAUGUGGAAAAGAGAAAGGACAAUCCUGUAAGUGAACAGUUUGUUUGAUUCCUGCUCCUUUAGACGUCCAUCACACCUCCUCUUUCUAAAAAUCCUCCUUUUCUGUUCCUCCUAUUGAAUUUGUACAUUUUUGUAGCGCUCCCAGUCUGUACAGUCUUUGUAAAAUAGAUGGAUCAGACUGACUGAUGAAAAAGUGUUCUGGCCACAUUGCAGAAAGCCAUGGGUUUGUUUGAUGUGCUCACCCCUGUCCAGAAAAAGAUGAACGUCCCCACAAAGCCAUGAUGCAUCAAACAUCAUAACAUUCAGUUUAUUAAUGAUAAAGCACUUCUUUUGUUUUAUACCGAGCCAUGAGCUGCUGCUGAUAAUAUUUAAUUUUAAGGCCAUUAUCCUCAGAUCAGCGCUGUGUUGCACCAGUUAUGCCUAAAUUCAAAUGUAGCCUAGUAAAAGUGUAAGUUUGCUAACACUAAUUGAAGGGGACUCAAAUUGCACUGUUAUUGGCUCCCACCUUUUUUCCUCAGGGACCCUACUUGUAUCUAGGAAAAGCCAAUCCCCACAGGACUCAUCUGGAAAAAGAAAAACAACUCAUCAUUUUGAGUUGUUUUUACUGACAAAAUCCAAACAUCAUAAUAAUUUUAAACAGCUAUCAAACAGCUGCUGUUAUUCUAGUACGCCACCAGGUGUCACUGUUUUUCCUCAGAAUGAAACCCCAAACUUUCAAAUCUUUCUCGGCACAAUUGGAGAGAGAUGCUUUUUGAGGCUUCAUUUGCACAUCACAAGUUAACAGAAAUUCUUUCCAGCCAUUAGCAAGAAAAAUGUUUUCUUUUCUGUCAGAUUAUUUCUGUUAAUUUGGACACUAUACUAGUUCAGAUGAAGCCUACAUUUCCACGCUAACCAAUCAAUGGGACAAACUUGCUACUUUCAUUGUAGAGUUUAGUGUUGACACCCGAACCUUAAAAUUUUGCAUAACUGGUGUAACAGGCCACAGGGAUUGAGUAUUUAAGUCACAAAUUUUGCACAGCAGUGAUUAAUCCUUUGUGAAUUUGGGGGAAAAUCUUCUAUAAAUCAGGCAGCACUAAACUCCUUUUUAGUUAUUUCUGCAUCGAUUUUAUAACAAAAUAUAUUUCCCAAAUAAAAGACCUGAAUGCUUCAUUCAGAGUCAUGAAAGUCUGUAUCUGGAUCAGGCUGAUCUAGACAAAAAAUUAAACAUAGCUUGGCCUUAGAUAGAAAAAAGUUGAUUUAAAAUCCAGAUAAUUUUAUACAUUUUGAACAGUUGUGGAGUGGUGAUGAGAAAGGGUAAUAUGAAGGUUGAACUGAGUAGCCACAGCUGUCAAUGGCUUCAGGGUUUCUGUUUGUGUUAGUGGCACUUGAAAUUUCUUUUGAUCAAUGAUGUUGUUUUCCAUAUUUUUAUUUUUUUGUGCAUUAUCUCUAAAAGCCUGCAGGUGGCAGUGUGUCAUUGGUCCUUUGUGUUGGAGAGACUUUGUAAAGCACACAAUGAGCAGGUUAAGACUCUUUGCCAAAAAUAAUUGGCCAGCACCAGCUGCACUGUCCUGAGAGCCUGAGUCCAUAUUUGAUCACCUGUCACCUGUUUGUCUCACGCUGACACGCCAUGUUUCUAAAGCCAUGAGGAGCAGCCACGUUUAUCCGGAGUUUUCUGUUCCUCUGUAGCAUCUUCAGCAUAUCUGCAAACGAGGGUUGUCAAGAUACCAGAAUGUUGAACUUAAGAUGAUUCUAGUUCAUGUCAAACAAUAUAUAUGCCUGUUUGAUACCACAACACUAAAAUAGGGUCAUUUCUUGCUUUUAUGACCAAAAAUUGCAGGCGCCCUUCUGCACACUUUCUAAAUUGCAUGAAAGCGUAAAGUGAGUUUAAAAAAGUACUGAAGCUUUUAAACAGUGUCAAGUCUUCUGUCAUAUUUUUAAUCAUAAGAGAGAGUGAGCACUGUCUAAAUUGCACAAAAGAGUCAGCAGUGUUUUAAAUGUUGCCAACAUUUUUGUGCAAUUUAAACAGUGUGCAGGAGUUUGCCUGCCAUUUUUGAUGGGUUCAUUCCUCUCUUGCACACCAGUGCUAUGAAAUCGAUGUAGCUUUUUCUUAAGUGUCAGUACUUUUUGAUACCGUCUAACAUAAAGUUAACAAAGAUUGUAUCGUUGGUACCUAAUAGUAUCAGAGUAUUGGAAAUCUGACAACCUUUCUGCAGACUGAAGUCAAAGUUUCCUGCAGGUCACUGAUGGUCAGUUUUUAUCCAGAGCAGACAGCGCAUCGUCUGAUCUGUGCACACAGCUCCGUGUUCUUUGUAAAGAUGUAUGUUUGUGUUAAAUCUGUACAGUGUAUAUAAAUAGGUUGUUAAAAUGCAGAUUUUGUAGAUAUUGAAAUGCAAUCCUGAACUGCCUUUGUUCUUUUUGUUUAGUUGUACUAUUUUGAUGUGAAUGUGGACAAAAAGAGACUCGAGUUAUUUUCACAUCAUUCCUCUCUGACACUGACUGAAUGAAUGCCAUGUCAAUAUUAGAAAUAAGUUUUGCACAGUAUUAAAUCCAGACUUUUUUAUUUUCUUUUGUUAAAACAUUUUUACUGUCAUGAGGGAUCCUUUUGUACAUUUUUAUUUCAUCAGGAAUGUUUUAAUGAAAUCCUAAUGACAGACAUUAGGCUGUGUCACCAAUAUGUCCUCUACCUGCAGACUGACUGUACAA